GAUGGUCGUUGCGUUAUCUGUGAUUCAUAUGUGCGACCAUGUUCUCUCGUUCGAAUUUGCGACGAAUGUAACUAUGGAUCUUACCAGAGUUGUGGGCAGCCAUUCUGCUGUACAAUGUUUACACUUCCAUUUGAGGGUCGAUGUGUCAUCUGCGGUGGUCCUGGUGUAAGCGAAGCGUACUAUUGCAAGGAAUGUACAAUUAUGGAAAAGGACAGGGACGGCUGCCCGAAGAUUGUCAAUCUCGGAAGUGCAAAGACGGAUUUGUUCUACGAACGGAAGAAAUUUGGGCAUAAAAAGAACUAG